AUGCAAAAUGACUGUUCCAGCCCAUCAAAGUUAUGGGUGGUUUGGCAAGUAGUGCACAAAUUUGUUCUUCAGAGCUCAGAGAGAGGUUGUGGUUCAACAAUUCAGCAAGCUUUUCGUACUGCAUCAGUCUCAGCCUCCGAUGAUGUCUUCACUUGGGACGACGUCGUUACGAUAUCCAAACCGGUUCAGAUCUCAGGGGCUACUCGGAAAACAUCAAAAUCUGCAAUCGCGCUUUCCUUGGAAUCGCACUCUGAGUUCCUUCCCUUUGUAUUCAUCGCUGAGCACAGGACGAGAGCUGUGGGAGAUGUAAUCAAAAGCUUAGGGGAAGAACAUGGUCCAGUGCCUCGACAUGGAGGUUCUGUGAAAGGGCUUGAUAAUGAGGCUUAUGGAGUGCACAUGAAUGGCGCUGGUGGACUGUGGCCUACUUUAAGCAUAACAAAUGCAAUUGGCAGGGAUGUUUUGUUUUGCUAUGAUUUAAAAUUUCCUGAGAGUUUCACGCCUAAGAAUCAAGAUGGAGAGGUGGAGAGCUCCAAUGUUAAAGCUCCUCAGGCGCUCUGUAUCCACCUCACCAGAGAGUUGGCCAUUCAGAAUAUGGAGGUCCUUCAGAAGAUGGGGAAGUACACGGGGAUAAAUGCAGAGUGUGUUGUCCCGACGGAGAGGACGAGUUCUACAUCCAUUCAAUCUCGAGCACCAGUAUCAGCACAAAUUGUGAUUGGAACCCAUGAUAAACGCUAUGUGAAGGGCUUCGUGGAUUCAUGCUAUGAGAGCUGCUUCAAGAAUGAUCAUAUUAAUUAA